AUGGCCUCUCUACACGAUGCGCUACACUGCCUCAAGCCCACGACAUGGGACACAGUUCCCCAGUCACCAGACGAGCUCCGCGAGUACGUAAGUGACAUAUUCAAACAAAGUCGCCUGGUAGCCGAGUCACUCCCAGAUCCUCCGCCAUACGACGAUGGCACAAAAACCGGCGCCGAGUCCCAGUCUACGCCUCGAGUAAUUCCCUCAUCAGCUCGAGUAGGCGAGACAGAUCCUGAUGUCACAUCUCUACAAAAGCAAUGGGGCAAACCAAUCAAGAUGGGUGGAGACAACCCCCUUGGCAUACAUGUGUGGAAAUUAUCAGCCAAUGACGGAGGCGGGUCAUGGUUCGGAAGACGAAGCGUCCACGAGGGUAUGCCAUUCACUCGAUGGCAGGAGAAGAUAUCUUCAGAGUACGACGAGACAUUAAAGGUUAAUCGGAAGAAGAUCGAGAAGGGACAGACGCCCGACAAGUGCAUCCGCGGCAUUGGAGCGGAGGAGAAAGUCGAGACCAUGGAGGUGAAGGGGGAAGAUGGAUCGGUGAUUGCCCAGUUAACGCUUUAUCAUGUUUCCGCGCAAUUUCCAAAACCGACAGCACCGCGAGACUUCGUGACUCUUAUGAUUACAUCGGCUUCUGGGUUGCAGAUUGGUGGAAGUAAGCAGACUGGCCGCAGCUGGCUGAUGAUUUCUAAGCCUUGCAAUCAUCCUGAUAUUCCGAUUAAGCAGGGAUACACUCGGGGUGAAUAUGAGUCUGUUGAGCUCAUCCGUGAGAUCCCCAGGAACAAGGAAACUGGCAGCAGCAGUAGCAGUGUAUCCAGUGCAAGCGGGAAGCAGAAAGAUGGCAAUAAGGAAGAUCUACUGUCAAAUGGCGAAAGUCAGCACCAAGAAGCCCAAGAGAAAGAGGAUGAUUCCAAUCCAGUUGAAUGGAUCAUGGUUACUAGGAGUGACCCUGGCGGGAGCAUUCCAAGGUGGAUGGUUGAUAAAGGCACCCCAAGAAGCGUAGGAGCGGAUGCCGCCAAGUUUGUUGAUUGGGCCAUACAGGAUGAUAAAGCUACGCAGAAAGAAGGCAAUGGGCAAGAUACUUCCAGCCAGGGGGAUGAUUGUUCCGGCACAAAAUCAAGCGAGUCGACCAGAGAAUCUCACCAGGAUGAUAAAGAAGAAGGACAGAAUAGCGAUUCGGAAUCGGACCUAACGGACUCGGAUAUAUCUCACCAUGGAUUGAUCGCAAGUGUUUCCGGUCUGAUCAGCUCCAGCCUUGAACGAUACGCUCCUAGAGCCGUUUAUGAUUACAUGCCACACGCUCAAGGGUCACCGCGCUCUGCACCAGGGGCAUUUGACGCAUCGGAACUACCUAUCGAUGACGCAGAAAGCGGCAGUUACAAAUCAGCCACCACGAAGGAAUACCAGGAAACUCAGUCACUUGGCAAAGAGCCCGAGCAAGCCUCAGUAGCCUCUGGAAGAUCUGGAGUGGUCACCCCGAUAGCGGAAGACAUGGUCCAAAACAACCUCAAUCCAACCGAACUCAUGGAAAUGACGAAAAACGGAAAGCUCACCUCAAACGAAAAAGAAUUGGCAAAGCUUGCCCUCCGCAAACGAGAUAUCGAGUCCAAGCUUGACAAGAUUCGCUCCGAGAUCGACAAUCUUCAUCUCGUACCACAUAGCCUUCCCUCAACACCAACGAAAGGGCUCAAUGGUGAAAUAGACAGUGAUACGAGCGGUAUGCUCAAGAAGGCGGCGGAAAAUCGAGCUGCAACACCGGCGAGUAGCUCCGGAAAACAAAGUCAACAGGAAAGCAGUAGCAGUGGAGACCAAGGAGGUUCCCAGAUACAGACCCCCACAUCUGAAUUGCCGGCUCAUAUGCACAAGGCGGCUUCGCAGCUAUUCAACGACGAAGCUAAGCUGUUGAAGCAGUUGCGUAAGAUCGAGGCCAGUCAAUUGAAGGUUGCGUCAAAGAUUGAAACGCGGCGGCGUAAGGAUGCUGAACGCUCGGAAAAAUCCAAGUCUCGAUCUGAGGCCGACAAUUUGCGACAAGAGGUCAAAGACUUGAAGAAAGAAGUGGACAAGUUGCGCUCUGAGCGCCAGAAGUGGGUGGACCUGGUUGCAUCCUUGCAAGCGGAGAAUACGAAGUUAGUAGCAGCAAGGAAGGAAGACUAG